AUGGAUGUAAAUUAUGAUGGCCAAACGGCAUUUGAUGCCGCUGCUAAUGGAGAUUUUCCCCUCGUAGUGCUGCUUUGGGGUAUGGCAAUGGCAGUACAACCUCAACCUGUCGAUCUACUAGCAACUAAGGACAAAAGCGGGAAUAAUUUGGUGCAUUAUGCGGCGGCAGGAGGCGAAGAUACGUGCGAUACGAUGCACUUUUUGCUGCAGCAGAUGCAAGCUAGUGGUCGACAAGAACUACUUAUGGAUGCCAGGAAUGAUGCAGGAGAGACGCCACUCAUAAGAGCAGCCCAUGCUGGCAAUUUACGGCUUGCGAAUACGUUGUUGCAAUCGGGAUAUGUCGAUCUACUGGCUCAGGACGCACGGGGCAACUCUGCAGCCCAUCAUGCUGCUGCGCAAGGCCAUCUGUGGAUGCUGCACUUCUUGCUGGAAGCUGAACAGAAAAGGAAUGCUGCACUGGCGAGAACGGAGCAACAUGUGGAGAAGAUGACGCCGGGUGGAUACUCGUUGCAGCACCGCAACGUGCUGCAUUAUGCCUGCAUGAGUGAAUACAAACCCAUGGUGCAGUAUUUACUGACCAGAGGCUUUGACGCACAGGAGGCCGAUGCAGAAGGGAAGACGUGCUUGGAUCUGGCAAAACAGCGUAACUUGCUGUGGCUAAACGACUUGCUGACGGGUGAGGUGAAAGCGGCCAAUCCACCUACACACAUGCGCAAGACACGAGGGAUUGUGGUGGUAUUACAUGGUGCACUGCUACUGGCGAUUCUGGCGACGAGUUAUUGGCUUGCAUGGUGGCUUGCGCUACCGUUAAUUCUCAUUGCUUUAGGGAAAUCACUCUUAUCGUUUCGUCGAAUGGGUCAUGGCCAUGGAGGCCAUGCUCAUGGUGGACAUUCCCACGGCGCAGAUCCCAAGAAUUCGGCCAACAUGCAUCCAUCCAAGCGAAAUGUAGUGGUCGCCAUGAAUGUAUCACUUGAACAAAUAGAAGAAGGUCCGACGGAAGCCAUGUCUGCGCGGAGCACGAAAGUGAAAGACGAGGUACGUGUGGGGUGGCACACGUUGACACGAGCACAGCCAGAGUCGGCCAUGGGCAUCUGGAUGGCUUGGGUCUGUCUGUUCACCAUGUUUUACAUCGUGUUGUGGGUCGAUCCGACGUACAAGGACUUUAUGGAGAGUCACAUUGUUUUCCUGGGCAUCACCGGAGGAAUGGAAGUGGCGUUUCUGGUGGUCUGGGCAAAGUUGGCACUCUUAUGCCCGACAGACCCAGGUAGGAUCUCUACUUACGAGCAUGAUGUGAAGACAAUGCUAGAUAAAGCAUCCCAAGCCGAGCCACCUGACAUGGCUAAGUUCUGCCGCACGUGCCUGGUCAUGAAGCCUAUUCGCUCCAAGCACUGCAAUCAAUGUGGCAUUUGCGUCGCCCGACAUGAUCAUCACUGCGCCUGGAUCAAUCGGUGCGUUGGGUACGGCAACCACCGUUCGUUCUUUUCCUUUUUACUCUUGCAUUGCAUUAUGCUGGGAAUCUACGCUGCAGGAGCGAUUCUGGUUCUCUCUGAUGCAACGCACAAUCUUCAUACUGAGCGAGUAAAGUCUGCCGGAAGUGGUACCAGUGGGAGUUUAUCAGCCAUGGACAUUUGGAUAGAGAUUCCGUCUGUUGUCAGCAAACACCUGAUGGUAGUCAUGGUGUUGAUGUGGUCCGUAGUGGCCUUUGUGGCUCUUGCUAUGAUGACGUAUCAGCACUCAAAGAACAUCGUCAAGAAUCGUACCAUUAACGAGCAGAUGAAUUGGCGUCGAUACGCAUAUAUGACCCAGAAACCAGUGUCUGCAUCGAAUGGUCGUGAGAGCAGCAAGCAAUUUGCUAAUGUGGUGAUGUCCAAUCCGUUCGACCGAGGGUUCAAGACGAAUGUGAUGGAAUUUUUAUCUCGAUCAGGAAGUUCAGCGGUCAAUUAUCACAAGAUCUUUACUGUCCUGACUCAAGAUGCCAGCAUUUCAAGCCCAAUCAUUAUCGCAGCAGAGAAAAUGUCUGUGACAUCGGGUGACUUGAACGAUAUCGUGUAA